UUAAGGCCGGCCGCAGACAUACGGUUUCCGUAUUAGGUUUCCGAAUUCGUUUUCCGUAUGCGGGCAUCCGAAUGCAUAGAUUCAAUAUAAAAUACAUUAACUGACGCACACGUUCGUUUUUUUUCCGUACGGAACAAAAUCCGAACGUGUAUUCCGAAUGCAAGCCGGCGCGUUCGGAGAAACGUACGGGAAAAAACCUAAUGACGUCAUGCGGAACGCAGCGCUUGCAUACAUUUUGUUUGUGCCGGCGCACACGUUCGGAAAUUUCUAUUCAGUUUUGCGCCCGCGGCGCGCGCAUCGGACGUAUUCUUUGUAUUUGUUACGCAUAGAAUCGCAACACGAUAAUGUGUGAGGCAGAAACAUUAAUAUUGGCUGUUGAAAAAUACCCCUGCCUGUGGAAUAUUCAUGACAAUGACUAUCACAACAAAGAUGUCAAAGAUUUGGCCUGGGAGAAUGUAUUUAAAGAGGUUAUAAAGGAUUGGGACACGUGCACUAAAGUGGACAAAGAAAACAAAGGUGCUGAGGCAAAGAAAAAAUGGACACACAUAAGAGACUACUUUCGAAGAGACUUUCAAAAAAAUAAAAGCGCUCCUACAGGCAGUGCCGCUAAAAAGGUUAAAAAAUAUGUUUAUGCAGACCUGUUGUAUUUUCUUAUACCGGUAUUCGAUAAAAGAAAUACCGAAGGAAACUAUCAAUUCGAUGAUUUACACAAUAAUAGUUCACAAGAAUCUGAAACGCAAGAACACAGCGUGGAACAAAUAGAUCACCAUACAAAUAUAUUACAACCUCCAUCACCUGUAUCAACUCCACCUGCAAGUAGUUUAAAACGAAACAAAAAAGAUAUCCCCUCCCAAAUACUCAGUAUCCUACAUCAAAAUCAACAGAAAGCCAAUCAGAAACAACAAGAAGUAGAAGACGACGACAUGAAAUUUUUAUUGAGCUUUAGAACACAUAUGAAACAUAUGAAUGAAAAUCAAAAAAUUGAUUUUAAAUUGGGAAUGUUGCAGUUGGUAAAAAAAAUCAAUACUGAGUACAAUUCAUCUCCAUCUUCUUCACUGAGUUAUGAUAACUUCAGUCACCGUUCAGAAACGCCGGCAUCAAGCCGUGAUUAUUCCCCCUCUUUUUCAUAUAUUCCUGUACCAGAAACUCCAUUGCCCACCUUUAUUAGUACAUCUUCUUCGCAAAAUAAAAUCACUAAUUAUCAAUCUGCCCCAAACAAUUCCAGAGUGGUUAUUAACUCUAUUAGACAUCUGCCACCGCUUCAACCACCACGUCAUCACUACACAUCACCUAAUCUUGAUGAUGCCGAAGAUACCGAAGCUGCAAGUUUUUUAGUUGUACAAUCUCAAGGACAAGAACAGGAAGAUAAUAUUGGCAAAUACCUAAAGUUUAACUAAGAUAGUUGAUUUGUUAUUUUUGUAAAUAUAGAUGUAAAAAUAAAGAGAACUUACCUCAAGGUUACGGUUAGUUUUUCUUCUGUAUCCAAGGAUAAUCUCAUGGAGGUAUUUUGCUUUAUUAAUUUAUCACGUAUGCCAUUAUGAAGUUCAUCAAAAGAAUUUAUUGACAUCCUGUAGAAAUCAAAGAAUUUAUCUGGGUGUGCUCGUAACUUAGUUCUCUUCAGAUAAAACGAACUCUCGUAGAUUCUCCGAGUAUUCAAUGGAUGUACCCAAUACCGACGUUUCUUUUUCUUCUUUAUUGUCAACAGAAAUGCAAUUGCUAAUAAAUCGUCGUCCUCCAUCGUCGUGCGUUCACUACGCUAUCACUAUCUAUACUGACGUGUAUACAUUCCGAAUGAAGAAAAACGAACGUUUGCGCUAGUCUCACGGAAUUCCAAAUCGAAAUUCCGCAUUAGGAAAUCGAAUACGUAAAACGUGUGUAUGCGGCCAGC